AUGACGUCAGGUAAACAGAGGGGUGGAGCUCUUGACUUCAAGCGACACACAAACGAAGAAGACGAGCACUCUGGGCUGCUGCCAAGCACACGCAACAGUUAACCACAACUAACGGCAAGUGGAUGGAAUACGAAAGCGGAAGAACUUUCUAUUAGCCUACAGCAGCAUUAGUUAGCUAAAGUAGUUAGCUUGAUAAGUAGCUGACAUAACGUUGUUCGGUAGCAGCUAGCAGGCUAGCUUGCGCCGUUUGCUGUCAUGCCCGGAGUUCUUCGAGAUUUCGCUACGUAAACGAGAAUACCUUGUAGCUAGCCGGUUAGCAUUCAGACGCCCAGCUGCAGGUUUGUACCACCACCUAGGCGUAGGCAGCGCGGACGGGACUUGGAGCAGUGGCAGGUCUUAACUAACACGGUUGAGGUUUGUGCUUCCCUACGGCUACCUGUGUUUUAGCCUCCUUGAGACUGCUUACUCAAACAUCCUAGACUUUCUGAUGAGCGGGAGCUUGCCAUACUAAGUGUCUGCGAAAUGGUCGUUCAGCUGUAACAUAGCCAAAGCUUUAAAAUAAGACAUCUCAAUCCGGCUCAGCAGGAGUGCCAGCCUUUCGUUUUGCCAUCCGUCAAGACUCCAGAAAUGCUGACUGACAGCAGGAAACGACACCGUAGCUGUGACAGUGAGGAGGACCAACAGCUGAGUCCUCAGGCCAAGAGGUCAGGACGAGGUCCCAGCCUGCUUGUGUCAGAUUUGGACUCAGAGUCUUCCAGCAGUGACAGCAGUAAUGGGAUCAGUAGUCCAGAGAGAGCUAUAGUGGUCAGUGCCAGGCCGUGCAUACAUAGCCAGAACAACUGCAUCACCCAGGAGUCCCUCAGCCCAAAGCCUGAAGAUUCUGCUAGCUCCUUGCAGCAUGGUUUCCAUGGUGACAGCAGCAGUACCUCCUAUGAUUACAUCAACAGAGUCUUGAGGGAAGCGCACUUCAGUAGUCUGCAGACCAGAGGGCGUCCAGGCUCGACAUGACCGUGACCUAUGACCCCUCUCCUGACCUUUUGUCCCUUGCCCAUCAGUGCUGACACUGCAGGCACGGUGGCUCCUCCUCGAAAGCCUCAAGUGACACACUUGGGUCAGGGGGAAGGGGAUGAUGUGUGGGGAGGUUUACAGAUUUUGGGCAUAAAGGCUCAUCCCCACCUCACCAUGUACCAUUUGUCAAGACCAUAAGCACAUCCACCUUUCCAUGGCCCAGCCACUGUGGUUUUCUGUGCAGUAUUGAUCUGUGUGUGUGUGUAUGUGUGCGCGCGCGUGCGUGUGUGUGUGUGCGUGCACGCACCCUGUGCACUUUAUAAAGAGGUAUCAUUCUCUUUACAUGCGUGCGUUGAUAUGUGGACAUUUUCAUUGGUGCUAAUCACAAGAAAAGUGUGAUGAUCCAAAGUGCUUGCAAAACUAAAUAAAGCUAAGCACUUUACUCAAUAACUCCUCAUUCUGUUUAUUAAGUCAGUCACGUUUGUGUCUGCGAAGUGGGAGUUGUAGUGAUCCCAUUCACAGAGGAAGUUCAUGGAGACCAAUGGGGUCACUCCCAAGGAGCAUAAUUAAAUCAGUCCAAUAAAAUAGUGUUUUAGGCCUUAUUUGUUUUCUCUAACCAAAGUGGUAAAAUUUAAUUAUAGUGUAUUUGCAGUUGCUUUCACUAUCUAAAUGAAUCUCUAAUGAUUUUGGUGUGGCAGGUCAGUGGGUUCAAGGUAAUGGAACAGAGAUUCCUCAUGUGUCUCACCACCAAAAUCCAACCUGUAGGAUGGACCCUGGUUAAUUGUAGACCUGUUCGAGCAGGCAGUGUCAUACUCAGCACAAUGCUUCAAACAACAAAAGACUCUAAAUCACUUUGUAACUAUGUGUUUACUUCUUUAAACAUUUUACACAUUAUGGGAGCGUUGUAAGCCUGUCAGCCAUACUUGUUUACGCAUGGUUUAAAAUGACCAGCACACUGUGUUGCAAAUAAAAUGAGAUGUGAAAGCGA